AGGUUGCUCCGGAACCGCGUGUCAGCACAGCAGGCUCGGGAGCGCAAGAAGCAGUACGUCUCCUCCCUGGAGGAGCAGAUCCGCGAACAGCAGACCCACAUCGGACUGCUGGAGAAGCGUCUAGAAGCUGUGGAAGCCCAGAAUGAAGCGCUC